CACCCUCUCACCCCGACCCCGCGACUUCCAUCCCCACCCUCCGCCUCAAGAUUGAUUCUAAGGUUCAUUCGCAAACAUGGAUGUGUCUUUCCCUCGUACCCUACAGGAGUAGGAAGAAACAACGGAUUCUCUCGGAUCCUACCUACUCUGGAACAGAAAGGCCGGGAGCGCGAAGGCAGGGUGACUACAUUUUUGUGACAUUGGAAAUAUACUAUGGGAGAUAACAAAACUAAAUCAAGAAGAAUGGAAGAAGUCAUGCUGGAAGGCUCAAACCUUCCUUUACAAGAUGAACAUUCUGAGAUAAUGGUUUCAGUAACUGGCGAACCACCUACUGCUACAGAAGAAGAAGGAAUAGCUAUGGAUACAGAUGUAGAAAUCAUCCCAGAAAUCACAGAGCCACUCUCCCUCCCAGAUGUGUUGAGGGUCUCUGCAGUUCUGGAAGAUACAAUAGACCAGCUCUCUAUUCUAAACUAUGUCAUGCCAGUUCAGUAUGAGGGAAGACUAAGCACCAGCCUGAAAAGUAAAGAAAUGAAUGUAGAGGGGAGAAGCCUAGAUAAACCUCCAAUACAUAAAACAAUUUCAAAAAUACCUAAAGAAGGAAGCAAGUCACUAGUAACCAGACAAGGAGGCCAAACUGCUACGGAGUUUAACAAAGUGCAAGAUCUUGUCUUCAAACAACAUUCAAAGCAGAGCUUAAUAACAAUAGAGACACUGAAGAAAAUUCAGAUGGACAGGCAAUUUUUCAGUGAUGUGAUUGCAGAUACCAUUAAGGAGUUGAAUGAUUCAGGCACUUUCACUGAUCUCCUAGCAGCUUUAAACAAAGAGAGGGAAAACAAAAUGCAUUUCUAUGAUAUCAUUAUCAGGUCAGAAAAAGGUAAGCAUAAGCCACUGACCAAACAGAAUGUAUUUUCAGUCUAGAAACUAGUCUUUCUUCUACAGAAUCGGAACGAAUAUAUUGCUCACCUCAAGGAUCAAUUGCAAGAGAUGAAGGCAAAAACCAACUUGGAAAAUCAGUAUAUGAAAAAAAAUACUGAGCUGCAGAUUGCCCAGACCCAGAAAAAAUGCAACAGAACAGAGGAACUCUUGCUGGAGGAGAUUGAGAAACUGAGGAUGAAAACUGAAGAAGAGAACCGGAUUCAUGGGGAGAUUGAAGUAUUCCUUAAAAAGGAGCAGCAGAAACUUGAGGAGAAGCUAGAAUUCUGGAUGGAGAAAUUUGAUAAGGACACAGAAAUGAAACAGAAUGAACUAAAUACUCUCAAAGUUGCAAAGGCCAGUGACUUAGCACACCUUCAAGACCUUGCAAAGAUGAUAAGGGAGUAUGAACAGGUCAUCAUCGAAGAUCGUAUAGAAAAGGAGAAGAGCAGGAAGAAGAUAGAGCAGGAUCUCUUGGAAUUAAGAAGCAUCAUAAAGCUCCAGGCCUGGUGGCGAGGCACUGUGGUACGGAGGGAAAUUGGUGGUUUCAGACUGCCAAGGGACAAAGAUGAUAACAAGGAUACAAAAGGUAAAGGCAAAGACAAGGAUAAGCGGAGAGGCAAGAAGUGACCAAGUUAUCAUUUGUCCUUUCCUCUGGUGUUCUGAAGAUGGGAAUGAGGACUUUGGAGGGAGGAAGCAGCACCUUGUACCAUUACAGAUAACUCACCUGCAGGCUGUUUCUUAUGUAGACAUUCACAGAUAAAGCCUGCUUAUUUCACUUUGCCUGUUGUAUUAGUUUUCAAACCCUGAAUUAGGACUACAACAUCAAUUUAGGACUUCUUCUUCUUUUGGAUUCUGCUGGGAAGAAGUAUUUCUGGUAGCUUUGUCAAGAUUCUUCUUGUGCUUUCUCACCACAAGAGUU